AUGCCCACACCACAGAGCCCAGGCAACCCAGCUGGGGGUCAUGAAAUGGACUUUAUACCAUCACCCUUAACCCCGACGGCCAUAUCGUUACCUGUCCCAGAUGAUCCGAGUAUCACAACUCAUUCUCAGGAUAGAGCAGAGUCACCAUCGAGAUCUGCCAAACCCACGGCGCACAAUGAAGAGCCCAACGCCACGAAGGUUCACACAUGGUACCACAAUGUGAGGCCACUAAGAUUGUCCCGGACCCAUCACCACAGUAAACCAAACUCGGAUGGCCGUCUAGGCUCUCGGUCAACUGACCAUAAGACUUUCGCAUAUGAGCCUGUCCCGAACCCAACGCGAUAUCAGAAACUGGAGAGGCACCUUGAAGACGGUUGGACGACGGAAAUUGCAGCAGUGUGCCUGUCCGUUGCGUGCAUAGUAGCCAUUGCCAUCGUGCUGAGGGAGUUUGACGGCCAGCCCGUGCCUCAGCUACCUGAGGUUGUCAGUCUCAACACGAUAAUAUCCGUCUUAUCUACCGUCUCGAAAUCGUUAUUAAUGUAUGCCAUAUCGGCAUGCAUUGGUCAAGCCAAAUGGAGCUGGUUUAGUGGACAAAAUCGUCAACUGAGGGAUCUGGAGCUGCUGGACGAGGCCAGUCGUGGGCCUUUGGGAUCUCUUCAGAUGCUCUUCGCCAGAACAGUGUCUUCCGUUGCAUCCCUCGGCGCUGUUAUCACAUUGUUGUCACUUGCCACAGACCCAUUCGUUCAGCAGGUUGUUCAACACAGCAGCCAACCAGUGACAACAGAAUCCGACAUUGUUUCAACGGGGAAGAUGUCGUUUCCCGCACCAUUCCUCCAUGGCGAUAACAAUGCGACCGCGCCCAUCACCGACAACAUCGAGGCGAUCAACAGUGCUAUAUGGAGUCGUCAAGCUGUCUAUGAUCCAAAGGCAAGCUGUCCGACCGGCAAUUGCUCCUGGCCCGCUUUCGAAUCGCUGGACUGGUGUAUGGAAACCACUAUCACAGAUGUGAACCAAGUUAGGGUCAAUUGCGAUAUUGCGUUCAAGAGGGACAAUUUCCGUAGUAUUUUCCAGCAAUUCAGCUCCUUCGGCACCUACACCACAAACACAGUUCCAUGCGAGAUCUAUUCCGCGGACAGUGCGACGCCACUUUCCUAUCCCAUUACGUUCUCUCUGGAAGGUGGCCGCGGUCCAUUGGUUAGCAAUCCGGCUGGGAGAGAGCCAACAUUUGUGACAACAUUCCCCACGGAAUUUAUCGCACCAAUGUCGAUUUUCAACGGAACAACUAGUAAUGUGUCUCAUCUUGAUAUUCCAAACCCCGUCUUGGCUCUUGGCUAUGCCAGCUUUGACCUGGGCCCAGCUAAUGAUACAGUGACGUUGAAGAAGUUGGAGCAAGCGGUGGUCAGCCUAUGCAAGACUCGGUUCGACUUGAAGGUCGAGCAGGGAAUUAUCUCUGGGAGUGCCUCGACCCCAAACUAUGGCAACUUCUACAGUGAUGCACGGGCCAGGCAGUCACUCGGGCAGAGCGCAUGGUGUUGGGCGCCUGAUGGUGAAUCUGCGACUUUCAACGACCCCGUCCAAACGCUCGAUGGCAACAUCCACUACUUGCUCGAUAAGUCAACACUGUCGUUCUGUACCAAUGCUAGUCUGUCUCUGGGUAAUGACAUAGCCAACCGCCUCAGCGGGGCUUACACCGGCAGCCGGGCCAAUGAUGAGGUCCGGUCGUCGAACUAUACAACAGCGCAAUGGAAGUCAAACGAAGAUGUGAUGGAACGGGUCCGAGAUCAAUCACUGAGUAUCAUCAUGGGAUCAAUGGUUUCCUCCUUGAACCGUCUGUAUAAGUCCAAGCCUACAGAGGCGGUGACGGGGAGUUUCAUAUCGUAUCAAACCGUUGUCGAGGUUCGUUGGGAGUGGCUGGCUCUGCCCGUCGCCAUAGAGAUCAUGGGCCUGGUGUUCCUGCUUCUUGUCGUCCGUGGGAACAGCGGGGUGCCCGUUUGGAAGGGGUCGAUCCUUGCUGCCCUCUACCACGGGCUCGAGGACGCUCACGGCGAGGGACGACCAGAGACUGCCAGCGAAAUGGCAGACUUUGCAAAGAGAACCAGCACACGUCUCACGCAGAGCGAAAAGACGGAUGGAUUGGUACUCGGGCUCUAG